ACUCUCUCUCUCUUUACAUCACAGCCCGCCUUCCUCCUCCUUUUCCUCCUCCGCUCCCCAGAGCCGCUGAUCCGAGCGGACACGCAGCAUCUCCCUCUGUCCGCCUCUCGCUCCUCCACGCCGAAGCACGUGCGGGAAUGUCUCUCGGACUCCUACUAGUCGUUUAACCAGCUUCUUCCCCACUCCGAGGAUCCGGAAAGUCCUGCGCGAAGGAGCGAGGCUACAGGCGGGGACGCGCGCCUUGCGUCAGGAUGCUCCAGCUCUGUCUGACAGCAGCGGCUGCUGUUGUGCUGCUGACUUGUGUGUUGUCCUUCAACGUGGACCAGAAGAACAGCUUGUCCUUUGAGGGUCCACUAGAUGACAUGUUUGGCUACACAGUCCAGCAGUUUGAGAACAGCGAGGGAAAAUGGGUUCUGAUUGGAUCCCCUCAUUCAGGCCAGCCACUGAACCGAACAGGAGAUGUUUACAAAUGUCCCGUGGGAAGGAGGAACAAUACGUGUGUCAAACUGAAGCUACCAGACAACACCACUAUAAAGAAUGUGGUUGAAAUAAAGGAAAACAUGACCAUGGGAACCACACUGGUGACCAAUCCCAAUGGAGGAUUUCUGGCAUGUGGCCCUCAGUAUGGAUACAUGUGCGGCCUACAGCAGUACAUCACCGGGGUUUGUGCUAACGUCAGCUCCUCCUUUCAGAUCCUCAACUCCAUAGCUCCAGAAGUACAAAGCUGUUCAAAUAAACUGGACAUUGUGUUUGUGCUGGAUGGGUCCAACAGUAUCUACCCAUGGUCAAGCAUUGUCGACUUUAUGUGCCGUUUCCUGGAAAAAACCCAUUUUGAUCCUCAACAAUCACAAGUGGGCAUAGUAUCUUAUGGUGAGGAUGUUACUCACCAGGUCAACCUCAGCCAGUUCCAUAACAAUUCUCAGCUGCUGGAAUUUGUCAAAGCACUUCCUCAGCAUGGAGGUACAAAGACCCACACCUUCUUAGCCAUCGAGACUGCAAGGAAGGAGGCAUUUACCCCGGAGAGGGGUGCACGACCUGAUGCAAAGAAAGUCAUGGUGAUACUGACUGACGGAGAAUCACAUGACAAUCAUAAACAAGAUGCGGUCAUCCGCGACUGUGAGAAUGAUGGAAUCUUGAGGUUUGGCAUUGCUGUUCUGGGAUACUACAGGCGUAGCAAUGGAAGUGAAGAGCAGGUGGAGAAGUUUGUUAAUGAAAUUAAAUCGAUUUCCAGUAAGCCAGUACACGAUCACUUCUUCAACGUAUCUGAUGAGUUUGCCUUGGUGAAUUUUGCGGACACGCUGGGAGAAAAAGUCUUUGCCUUGGAAGCAACGUCUGGGAAUCAUACUUCCUCCUUUGAGAUGGAGAUGUCCCAAACUGGAUUUAGUGCACAUUCCUCUAAAGAGGGUUUGUUACUGGGAGCAGUUGGAGCGUAUGACUGGAAUGGAACGGUGGUGAUGCAAACUGACAAAGAAACCAUCAUCCCUAAAAAAAAUCAGUUUUAUGAUCCAAAGCAUGAGGCCGGGUAUGAAGGACUAGCUGGGUACCUUGGAUAUGAUGUCCAGUCUGCCUCCACUCACAAAGGAGUUCUGUACAUCAGUGGAGCACCGCGGUACAACCACACAGGCCGUGUUGUUAUCUACCGUAUAAAAGAGGGCAACAUCGUUGUUUCACAAAUACUGAAAGGAGAACAGAUUGGUUCCUACUUCGGCAGCGUCCUGCAGACUGUUGACAUCGAUAGAGAUUCCCUCACGGACCUCCUUCUUGUUGGAGCUCCGAUGUACAUGGGCUCAGAAAGAGACGAGCAGGGACAAGUCUACGUCUACAAACUGAAACGGGGCCAGUUUGAGCAUGAGUUUACCUUGAAGCCUGUCAACCAGACGUGUUGUGUUGCCCAGUCGGCUGGCUGCUCCGUUAAAAACGAGCCGUGCGGAGCUCGGUUUGGUACUGCCAUAGCAGCAGUGUCUGAUCUCAACCUUGAUGGGUACAACGACGUUGUGAUAGGUGCGCCAUUUGAGAAUGACCACAGAGGAGCUGUUUACAUCUACCACGGAGACAAGAAAUCCCUGAAAAAGCAGUUUGUACAGCACAUUCCUGCAGGUGGAGAUGGUGAAAAGAUGAAAUUCUUUGGUCAGUCCAUCCACGGGGUGAUGGAUCUGAAUGGAGACGGCAUUACUGACGUUACCAUAGGAGGCCUUGGAGGGGCUUCCCUGUUCUGGACCAGAGAUGUUGCAGAGCUGCAUGCUAACAUGACUUUUAACCCUGUUAAAAUAAACCUGCAGCAGUCUCAGUACCCAUGUAAUGGAUCUGCGUGUGUGAACAUCACAGUUUGUUAUCGCUACCUUGUAAAAUCUGACAAGAAGGAUCCAAACUCUCCUGCAGAAGUUCGUUAUACAAUUACUUUGGAUGCUCUGCGAACAAAAUCCAGGGCCUUCUUUGUUGAACAGGGGACAGAGAAAAGUGAGCGCAAGAUUACUAAAAUCAUCACCAUCAAAGACAAUGAGAAGAAAUGCCUGAUGGAAAAAUUUAAGAUGUUGCCACGGCCCGACUUCAGGGAUCCUCUCUUGGUGUCUUUGGAGUUUGGACUAGUCAAAGAGGACCAAGGUCCUGUCCUGGAUGAAAAUCUUCCCAGAUCCAUCAAUAAGACAAUUCCUUUGAUGGACUGCGGAGGUGACGGAAAGUGCGUCAGUGAACUCUCGCUCACCGCAGAGCCGAGCGUGAAAAGCAUGCUGAUUAAAGUCAACGCACGAGACAAGAUCGACGUGAACAUCCGAGUCAGGAACAGCAGAGACAGCGCCUACAACACCAAAGUGAACAUCAGCUUCACACCAAACAUCAACUAUGUUAAAGUAGAGCCAGAGAAAGAUUGCACUCUGAAUAACACAAAAGUGGAGUGUGCUGUUGGAUAUCCCUUCCUGGGACAAAAUGCAGAGGAGAUUUUCAAAGUCAGGUUUGAGACAAACCCUAAACACAUACAGGGAGAAAUCCAAGUCAAUCUGACAGCUACAAGUGACAGUGAAGAGUUGUCAUCUUCUGACAAUGAUGUCAAAAUCUCCAUCCCUGUGAAGUACGAGCCUGGAGUCAUAUUCAGAGUGAAUCCUGUGGAUGCUCACAUUAUAGUUAAAGAUGGUGACCAGUAUGCUUUGAAACACAAUGACAGCAAACUGACUUGGGAGGAAGUCAACGUCAAUUAUACGGUGGAGAUGUCAGGCGAUGUGAUGACUCCGCCCCUUAACCUCACAGUGUCGUUUCCUCGGCUGUCGCCUCUGAAGAACAAGCUACUCGACUUGACCAAAUUCACCGCCAGCCCAGGGGUUAAUUGUGCCAAAGGACAUUUGGAUGAAAGCAACCCUUCUGUUAAAGCGCUCAAACCGAAAAAGGAAACACUUAGUGUGUUUUUGCUGCAAUGUGAACAAGCGGAAUGUGCGCUCUUUGAUUGUUUCAUCCCUGAAACCAAAAUGAGUCAGGUCAACAUUACUUUCAGGGUGUGGAAACCUACAUUUAUGGAGGGUGAGUUUUCCAGUUUGUACAUGACGGUAAACGGCACACUGAGGCUUAGCAAUGAAAAACUCUACGAGCUAAGCAGCAAUGACAAGCACAGAAGUGUGAGAAUCCCAGUUUCAAAAGACACAGUGGAAGGAAUCCCCAUUUGGAUCAUCAUCCUCAGCAUCCUGAUAGGACUGCUGAUCUUAGCACUUGUCAUCUUUCUCCUGUGGAAGUUGGGCUUCUUCAAGCGGAAAUCUCGAGAAGACUAUUCAAAGGAGGACAUGGCGGACUGAGAAAAACCAGAUGGAAGAAACGCCAUCCAAUCACCUCAGCGCUCUGACACACUGUCUGCAAGAAGAAGAAAAAACUUCUCACUGUUUUUAUAGUUCAGCAAAUCCACGAAUGAUUAGAAACUGUUUCUCUUGUCUUCUUUUGUUGAGUUUCUUUCGACAGCAGCUUAUAACUCUGAGGCCAGUCUGAUGGUCCCAUCUAGAGCCAAAGAUUUGUUCUUUUUUAGUUGUGUUUUAAUUUUAUUUUUUUUACAAGCCAAUCAUUGACAAAGUAGCAUGUUUUGAUUGAGCUUGACUCAGUCAAUAGAGAAUAAAAUACUCAGGUUUUUCACUUUGAGAAUCCAAAGUUGCCUAAACCCACAUUUAAUGUAAAACAGCCAAAUUACUUUAAUUGAAGCAGUCGGUCUUAUAGCUUUGUGUUAGCUUGUUGCCUUUUUUUUAUUUUUUUGAACACACUGUAUCUUUGAGCAUUUUGAAGCAUUUUGUUGCAUAUUUUUGACAAUACAAUGCAGCACUUUUUGUGUGUGUGAUAGAUAAUUGUAGUUAGUGCCGUCUUGCUUACUGAGAGACACAGAACCCCUUUACGUUUCCCACCAUGCCAUUUGUUUGUUUGUACUGUAAAUAGAAAGUGAUGAUAGGUGUAAAGCUUUAAAAUGUACAGAGUUGUGUUUGCUUUUAAUUUAAUGUUUCCGUGCUCGUCAAGAUGUUUUCGCUCAGGUGCUACGAGUAAACGUGACAGGUAUAUUUGACACAAAUAAAGAAAAAAAAACUGGGUUCGGUCCCAGUUUCACAGCUUGUGCAAAUGUAAAUAUUAUAUUUUGAUUAAAAAUGAAAUUGUAGCUGUUCUGUCUUAAAGCAUACACAAAGAUUAAGAUUUAUAUCAGUUGUUUGGAUUUUAUUUUGAAUGAAAUGUGUAUUUCAAACCUGUGGCAUAAUGUGAUUGGAAUGAUGUGGAUUAGGAUGACUUUUUCUUUUAUUUUUCUUUUAUUUCUUUAUUUACUAAAUGAGACGGAGAGGCCCCCCACUUUAGGUCUACAUUUCCAUCCAUUUCUUAAUUUUUUUCCUGAGACAACAUGAACCAUACGCUUUUUGCUUCCUUUAGGCUCAGUGUCACCCCCUAACUGGUACAUGCAGUACUCCAUUUCUUCAGAUAACAUUUUUAUUUCCACUGGUUGCACAGAUAAACAGUAUGUAAAGAUUCGGAAGAAAAUGUUUUCCCUCUGUCUCUUUUCCUUUUAUCAAUUUGGUUUAUUAGAAAUGUAUAAGGCAAGGAGAAGAAAUGUCCUUUUAUUAGAUUCUUUCUCUGCAGUUCCCUUCUUUCGUAGUGAAAGCACAUGUAAUAAUUUGUAUGUACAGAAUGUGUAAGCAUUAGUUGUUUUUUUUUCAGAGCGUAUGGCCACAUCUGAUUUCAACACGAGGGUGGAGUGAAAGGCACAAAGUGGCAGUUGUGAGCUCCAGGCCAGCGUUCUACACUGCUGUGAAGUUUCAUUGUAAUGCACUGGUUUUUCAACCUGUUUUUGUCCUCAUCAGCACAGAAAUAAACUGAACAUUAUGUAAAAAAUAAAGACAUUUUACAAAAAAAA